UUAAAUUGACUGUUAGAAAACAUUUGUAACGCGAAAAAAAUUGGCUGUUUUAAGGGGUUUUCCGACAAAUAUUUAUUGUUUUUAAGAUGUAUUCUGCUAUUCGGGAGGAAACAAAUCCGAAGGGAUCAAUAACCACGAAGAUUGGUUCAGCAGAUCUCGAGUUAUAAGUGGUGUAACUAACACGAAUAAAAUAGAAUAGAAUAGAAUAAAUUUUUUCAAAUAUAUUUCAGGGGCAACAUGAAAGAACAACUUGAUCGACGCCUAGUUCUGCUUCAUGAACAUCAUGCGUUGAUCAGGUUGUUUAAGAGUGCUUUAGAGCGCAUUGCAAAUGAUGACUAUAAAGUUGUCAUCAAAGCAGAUAAACGACCAUCUGGAACACACGAACGCACAUUUAAUGCUCCAACAGUAGACGAAGUUGCUAUCCUGAUUGUUGGUGAACAAUUGGAAAAACGCGAUAUUGUGCUUACACGUCGCGAUACUGGGCAACUACAACAAAUAUCUGAAACUCAUCGAUCAUAUGACGCAUUGCAAUACCCACUAAUGUUUUGGCAAGGAGAAGAUGGAUAUUAUUUUAAUAUUAAAUUGAUAAAUUCAUUGAAUGGUGAAGAAACUGCAAAGAAAGUUAGCUCAAUGAAUUAUUAUGCAUAUCGUUUGAUGAUUCGUCAAAAUGCUGACAACUAUUUGCUGCGACGUACAUUGGUAGCCCACGUCAUAUGCAUGAAUAUGCACAAGAUGCAAUGACAUAUGUUCGUCAUUACGGCCGGCCAGAUCUCUUUAUUACUUUUACCUGUAAUCCAAAAUGGUUAGAAAUUACUCAAUUGCUGCUUCCCGUAUAAACAUCAAAUGAUAGACACGACA